GCGGCGGCGGCGCUCGCGCGUGAGGGGGAGAGGGAGCGGGCGCCGGACCCGGACCGGCGCGGUGAGCGGAGCCGAGCCGAGGGCGGCGGCUGCCGGAGCCCGGAGGUGCCCGUCCCUCCGCGACGCCUCGCCCUUCAGCAGGUUUCACCUCAGGGAACGGUUUACCCUUCCCGCAGCGCGCACGGGAGAGUCCCUGUCCCUCCCGGCGCCCCUCAGGCGAAGCCCCCCCUUCCCCUCUCCGCCUCCCCUCAGCUCCCCGGCCCGGGCAGCGCCUCGCCGCCCUCGGUUCCCCUUUUAACGGGCGGCCUCGUCCUCCCGCCAUGGCUGUCUGGCGGCGCCUGGCCCGGCUGGCCGCCCACCUGCAGGACCCGCGGAAAGUGGCCGCCUUCCAGCGGCUGUGCGGGGUGGAGGGGCCUUCGGGUUGGGCCGACGCCGAGCAGCAGCAGCAGCGGGCCGGGGGCCGGGGAGCGGUGGUUAACGGCGGGCCCUCGGGAGGGCAGGGGCAUCCCGCCGGGAACGGGAGCGUGGCCGGCGGGGCGGGCCCCCCGCAACGGUGGAGGAGGAGGCCGCGCCGCAACUCCCUGACGGAGGAGGACGGCAGCCAGGAGUUCUCCACCCGCAGCCGCUUCCUCUACUAUCUCUUCAGCCUGGGCACGGAGCUGGGCAACGAGCUCUUCUACAUCCUCUUCUUCCCCUUCUGCAUCUGGAACUUGGACGCCUGGCUGGGCCGGAGGCUUAUCAUCAUCUGGGUGUGGGUGAUGUACCUGGGGCAGUGCACCAAGGAUGUCAUCCGCUGGCCGCGGCCUGCCUCCCCGCCCGUGGUGAAGCUGGAAGUCUUCUACAACUCCGAGUACAGCAUGCCCUCCACCCACGCCAUGUCGGGCACCGCCAUCCCCCUGGCGCUCCUGCUCCUCAGCUACGGCCGCUGGCAGUAUCCCCUUGUGUUUGGACUGAUCCUUGCAUUCUGCUGGUGUUCUUUGGUUUGCUGUAGUCGAAUUUAUAUGGGAAUGCAUUCAAUUUUGGAUGUUAUUGCUGGAUUUCUGUAUGCUAUUCUCAUCUUGAUUGUCUUCCAUCCAGUUGUGGACCUGAUUGAUAACUUCAACUUAACUUACAAAUAUGCACCCUUAAUUAUCAUCAGUCUCCACUUAGCCCUGGGCAUCUUCUCUUUUACUCUGGACACCUGGAGCACAUCACGAGGGGACACGGCUCAGAUACUGGGCUGUGGGGCUGGAGUGGCCUGUGGCUCUCACAUCAACUACAUCAUGGGUCUGAAGCUAGAUCCUCCUCCCCACACCUUACCUUUGUCUCUUUCCUCUCUCACUGUGACUGUGUUUGGAAAAGCCAUAUUGCGGUUGUUGAUUGGGGUAAUAGUUCUGUUGUUAACAAAAGUAGCGAUGAAAAAAGCCACUAUUCCACUGGCAUGUAAAAUAUUUCGCAUACCACACGACGACGUACGGAAAGCAAGACAACGCAUGGAAGUGGAGCUUCCCUAUCGCUAUAUUACCUAUGGAAUGGUUGGGUUCUCCCUCAUGUUUAUUGUUCCUUCCCUCUUCCAUUUUAUUGGUCUUUCCUGAUCCAGUUUUCUCACUUUAAAUAGGGAGAAAGGAGCUAGUUGUUUUUUGAAGAGGUGCACUAGGUUGCUAAGGGAGGGCCAGUGAGCUUGGCUUCAGCAGGGUCUUCACUUUAACAGCAAUACGUAAUGGGCAAAGCAUUUAAAGAACUUUGCACAUCUUUGGGGAUGGUAUAGGGCCAGCAGCCAGAUAUCAGCCCACGAGAAGCGCUGAGCUCUCUAAAUGCUGCGUCUGGAUUUAUUGCUGUAACAAGGUCUGUGUGUGUGUGUGAUGCGAUGAAUGUAUCCGGAAUGUCUGUCACGCUGUACCUGUACACACUGACACUUUAACAGGUCUGUCUGACAGCUAAUCGGAAAGCUCCAUUCAUGAUCUGUUUGCCAUUUCAUAGUAAUUUAUUCAAGUUCUUGGACCACAGACUGCUAAAUUUGCUUUACUCUUGUUCUUUCCUGAAGUCCUGCUUCAAGGUGUUUCAGCUAAUAGGCAUUUCUAAUGGACCAAACUUGUAAUGAGUUUGAAUUUUCUAAAAAAACCAAAGAGAAGCCUUUUUCUUUAGCCCCCUCUACAGAGUAAAAUGUCUGGAUUGGCACUGGUAGGUAUCACUAGAGUAUGUAUGAUUCAGGUACUGUAUUUUAUGGUUUAAUAACUGUGCCUUUUUGUUGCUAAAUUAAGAAAUGCCAUAUAUACUGUGAUGUAGAAGUGCUUAAUUUUAUUUAACAUCCUACACAAUUAGGCAGAUAUUUUUAAAUGUUAGAUUGUCCACAUUGCUGGCAUGGUUCAAGUUAACCGGAAUAUUCAGUUUAGCUUGAUGGAAAUUGCAGAUAUAAAAUGACCCAAGAAUCGCGUCCUUAUGCUCAAAAUGUUGUAAAUGACAAUAAUCCCUUUUGUAAGUAUUUUUAAUGUGUAUUGUAUGUUAAUGGAAGAGGGUAUAUUUUUCUGGAGAUUGUUUAUACAGUGGACAGAUAUUAAAAGUUAAUUAUCUAAACAUAUAAACAAUAAAAAUACCCCAUUCUGCAAAGAAAUGGGCCUCAAUUAUUGUUCCAAACUAAUUUAGAAGGACCAUUUUAGAUGUUUGCUUAGAAAAUAUAAUCCUUAUUCUAGAAAAAAUAUAUGUAUUUUUAUGCAUUAACAUACUGUAUUUAAAGGUGAUAAUCACUCUUACCCAAUUUAGAUAGCUGUAAGACAACAUAAUGAUCAAAUUAAACUUUUAAUCGCUCUGAGAAGCAGAUUGUGAGCGGUCAAGACAGCAUGGUCAAUGCAUAAACGGUUUGUGCAUAUCUAAAUUUUACUGAAUUAUUAUGUACUUUUCAGCUUUUCAUGAUCCUCUUUCCACUGAUGAGUAGAAUAUGACCCUUCAACUGUCAUUUCAUGUGCCUCUUGUGUUUCAUUUGGUCUGUGUCAAUGUGUUGUCUGUUCUUUCCAUGUCAGGAACUGCCCUAUUGCAACAAGAGCUGUCUUGCUGCCUGGCCAGACACGAAUUACUUUUGUAUUGGGUUUUUUUUGUUUGUUUCAGGAAAAACAUAAUUAGGUUGGGUAGGGAUUAGAUAGACUAUAAAGCCUACAUUUUUCUGUAAAGAGCAUUUGUAAUUGGAAGGGUGUUUUAUUGUUUUUUUUUUUUGCAUUGGAGCUCACAUCUCCAAAUUGCUAAUAUGUUAAAUGAACAAAAUUAACUUUAUCUCUUUCCUCGAAGCACUGAAAGUUAUGGUACACUGGCAUUCGAAGAUGGGAAAAGCUAACUCUGAAUGUACUCAAACAUCUAGUCAGAACUUACAGCGUGUUAAACAUCAUCUGUAGCUGAAAAGACCUUACCUAAUAGAAAAAGGGUAGUUUGUUUCAGUGCAUGUUUCUGGAUUUGCUUGGGGUUUUUUCCCCCCAAUCUGUUCCUCUUUUGCAGUUUAAUGCCAAAUGUGCAGUAAAAGGUCAAUUGGUUUCCAAGGUCCCCAGUGGGGGUUUUCCACUGGUUUGGCUUUGCACACUAAGGUAGUCAUUUAAAUAAAUAGCUGAGGGGAAUGUACACAAAAUGCCUUAUGCUUAAAGCCCUGAGCAAGUAGCAUUGUUCCAAUGAUAUUAAAAUAGUCUGAGGACUGGAGAAGAUAAUAGGAUAACUUUUUCUGAAAUUUAGAGCAUAUUCUCCUUAAAUAUCCUAUGUUUAAAUCCUAGCAUAGAAGAGACAAGUGAGCAAAACUAACUUUUUAAGGUACAUAUUUGGCUUCUAGAAACUCCAGGUUUACAGCGUAAGAGUGUUCUUAGAGCUGUCUUUUCUAGCUGAGCUUGCUCUGUUGUACUAUUAAAAGAAAAUAGAAUCUGCUAUGGAAGAUCUAGAAAGGGUGAAAAAAAUCAUAAGCAGGUAGGGCUUUCAACAGGCUAAGGAAAAUUGCACUGUAGUUUAUUGUACUGUUACUCAGAAAUCCCUGUUUUAUAUUUUUAUACAUUACGUUGGGUAACUUCAAAAUGUCACGUUCCAUGCACCUACGUAGUCUCGUACGCAGGAAAUGUGUAUCAGAAUGUUUAUUCAGCACCUUUACAGCCCUGUCUCAAAGACUGCGACUGCUUUACUCAAGUUUACAUGAAAAAAGUUUUACUAUUCUAUUUUCAUAAGAGGCUAGGGCUCAAGAGGGAAGUUUAGCAGAAAAUGUCAUGCAAUAUGAAAGCUAUUAUAGAAUAAAGAAUCACAGAAAUGCAAAAAUUUUAAAAUCCGUCUUAAAUCUUUGUGUUUUAAUAUGUUUCUUUUUGUUAAUAAGAAGGUAAGAUUCCUUCAGAUCUGGCCCAACAAAACAGCAGGCAAAACUGGAGCACCUUCUUUGCCCUAGGCUGUUCCAAGAGCUGAACAUGAAAAAUGUUUCUAGUACCAUCAGCUGGUACCAAAUUAUUUAUAAAUAAAUCUAACAUGGCUUUAAAAGGUAGUUGAAUGUCUUUUCUGAAGGCAAAUACACUUGAAACCUUUCAUGAAGCGGUACAAAAACAUAUUCAUGUGUCACUGCUGGUCAAUGUCCUCAGUUCCAGGUUGUAUGGUCCCAAAGAGAUAAAUACUGCGGCUUUAUCGAAGCAAAUAGAAGAUAUAAAUACACAUUUAUUACAAAAAGCCACACGUUAAAUUUGUCUUAUUUGAUUACUGUAUGAAACGAAACCUGAAAGUAACAGUCACAUAGUGUAAUUUGGCACAAAAUUCUGUUUUCCGAGAGGCUGAAAAGACUGGAAUUAGUCUUAGGCUGCCUUAAGCACAGAAGCAGGAUUUUUUUCUGACCUGAACUAACGUAUGCAUAGCACCUUGGGUAAGUUUUAGAACCUAUUCUUUUGAAAAAAAGUUUCAUGUUUAUUAAAAAAAAAAAGAGCUAUUACUUUUGCUUCUCAUACCAUGAACUGGGGUUGAAGCAUCUUUCUCCUGUGUGAUGACCUAUGAAGCUCUUCAGCCUCUGACCGCAUUUGCCUUACCACUUACCCUGCAAAUUUUGGGGGGGGAGGGAAAUGAGAGAGGGGAGAGGCUAUUUUAAGGUAAAUUGGCAAACUAAGGGGAGUUGUAUUUUGCUUAUUUACUUGGAAAUUGUUUUAAGCUCAUGUAUGGCUUUUCUCCUGGGGAAAAAGAAAAAAAAAAAACAGGAAGAUGAAUUUCUUUUAAAAAGGCAUCUCGAAAUGUAAUAUGUGGCGCUUUUGGUGUUUUUUUUUUACCAGAACAGUGUUAAAUUGUCUGGAUUUUAAAAGCUAUUAUGUUUUCCUUCGCUACUAUUUUUUUAUUAGUGCUUUCAGUAUUAUUUUUUUUAUUCCACUUCUCGCUUAUUUCCCAGGGAGUGUCCUGAACUUCUUGUAGCAAUUGCUACUUAUGUGAUGAUUGUAACUUUGAACUUGUAAAUACUUAAGGGCUGUUAGUGGCUAUUAGCUGCUCAAAUACAACAAAAAAAACAAACCUUGCAUGCUGUAAGUAAAUACAUCUGUUGUGCUAAAAGUUGUUUUUAUUUCAGUAUUUGCUUUCUCAAUAGAAAACUGAGCUUUUGGUUGUGGGGUUUUUUUUUACAUGCAAUACAUAAGGUAUUUAAGUAUUCCUUGGUAUGAAGGGGCAUUGCUGGCUGAACUCGUGUUAACUCCACGGGGAGUUGUGCAACUGGUUCCUUGUGUAUUACACUGAGAAUGAGCCCUGAAGGUCGUGUCCAUGCUCUGAUGUGCACAAAGGUGUCGGUGUGUGUGAAGGGACUCGCCUUCCAAGGUGUAAACGUAAUAUCCUUGUUUUUGUGGUCUGAGAAAUUGUUCUUUUUAACAUGGUACUUAGCCCAGUUUUUACAAGACCUCUUUUUUUUUAAAGGGCCUAAGUGGGAAGCUGUUUCUUAGGAGCUGGAACUGGUUCUGCAUUUGUGACACUUAAUAGAUGAUUUCCUCCACUGUACCAUAAUUGCGCUGAAUGAUGGCAUCCCAGAAUAAAUGUAGAUAAAAUGAUGACAGCAGAAUUGAUUCUUGGAGUAUUCUAACUCGACUUAGUGUAAUUGAUUCUUGGGUGGUUUUUUUGGUCUAGGUUAUACAAUUUACUGCCAUAUUCUACAAAUGACUCUGAGGAAUCUUUGACUUUUUUUGUCAGAAUUUUAUUCUAAUGGAAAGCUUGUGGCCUUUUUGUUUGAGCAGGAAUAUAUUAGCCUAUAUUAAAAUUUACUGUAAAUACUCUAUUUGUCAAAUUGAUAGAAUAGUUGGGUCACUAAUGUUUUUUCUUCCUGUAACACUACUUGAAACAAAGGCAAACAAAGCUUAAUUUGGAAACAAAAUGUGUUACUGUGUGGCAGAGAGGAUAUAGCUCUUUAGGUGUUCUCUAAAAAGUGAGUAUCACCUGCUGGAGUUGAGGCAAAUUGAACUAUGCAUUAUAAAAAAUUUCUUUGCACUCCAUUCUGCACCAGAAAUAAUUUGCGUGUUGGUAAGAGUCCAUUUAACAAAACGAAGCAAAGCAAUAUGUACUUGCAAUGUACAACUAGUAACUGUUCCUGUAGGGUCAAAGAAGAAUAGAGGGUACAUAGGAGAAUACAACCUUAACUAUAUUGACCAGUAAAUGUAAAUGAAAAAGUCCUAUCAAGUUGGAGCAUUUGAUUAGUCACUAAACUUUUCCCACAAUUUUAUUUUUGUUAGAAAGUGUAAUGAAGAAAAAGGGUGAUAUUCCUGAAAUGGAAAUUAGAUCUUAAGGCAAUUCUAGAUGUCUAAAAGAUCAUAACUGAAACAGAUCGGUCCAGGAGCUAGUCACCUGAAAAGUAAGAGCAAAGUCUGAGGGGGAUUUUGUAUUAAACUUAAUGCACUUAAACAUGAUGCCAAAAUUUGGCCUAUACUUGAUUUAUAUGAAAUCUGUAGUACAAUAUAGAUAUAUAUAUAAUAUAUUGCAUAUUGGAGUUUAAUUUUUUAUGUAUAGAUUUUUUCUUGUUACUGUAUUCCCUGAUAAAAGCAAGUGUUCAUAAAAUAUAAAACAGCUUUGUCUGUAUAGUAUAAAGCUGUAUGUUAGCAGUAUUUUGGGAAAUAAUGCAAUUGUAACCCCCUCUUCGAGAACUUUAUUUAUAAAAAAAAAGGUAUUUUCAAAUGUGAGCCCUGAGUUAAUUGAGGACAAUAUAAUGGUUGCUGUAUAAUAGUGUACAACCGACGUUUUCAAAAUUAAUACAUCAAAUUCUUUGUUAUAUGAUUGUUAAUGAUUUUUAUACUCAUUGUACACUUUCUGCAGUUGUCAACUAAUAAUGAAAUGCAUAGUGACUGGUAACUGAAGUGUCUAAUUUCAUCUGCAAUGAGUGGGUAAUAAACUACUGUUGGAUUCAAACGCAUUCUGUUGUGUUUAUUCCUUCCAGUGCCAAGGGACAUGUACCACAAGCAUAAAACACCGAUCACAAGAAAACUUAUAUUUGUAUUAUUGUAUAGCAAUAAUAAUAAUUUGAACAAUACCUUUUUAAGAUGUGGACUUUAGAUGCAAAAUUUUAGGAAAAAGAAUGAGGAAAUACUGGAAUGAGCUUUUUCUGCUGCCUUAAAACCUGGAUUGUUUGGUUUCAUGUACUAAAGAAUAAAACAAGCUAUUGAUCAAA